GCUCUCUCUAUUUCUUCCUCAUCCUCCCCAGGACCUCCAGUCCCCCCUCCUCCCCACCCACCCACCCACCCGGUGCCGCGCUCUGCAGGCGGAGGAGACAGACCAACGACGGGCGGACGGUGAGUUGCUUCAUGAGGAGGGUGCCGUGACCGUGAGGAAACAACUCUGUGAGGCGAGAACAGCUGGUGAGACAAAGUGUGAAGGAAGCGAGAGGCGACCAAAUGGCAAAUGAUUCCUCAGCUCUGCAGGCUUCCUCUGAAUCGAUUGCGCAAAAGAUGGGGUUCUUCAGAGUCCCUGACCUUCUUGUCAAACUGAGUGCCAAAUGUUUGAGUGAACUGGAUGUGGUUCGCAGUCCAACAUCACCCCUAGACCUCAAGUUUUUCACUGGACUUGGCAACAAAUCACCCAGAUCAUCCUCCCUUGAUGCCAGCCAGAACCAGAAGAUCUUGCUUGGUGACAGGGUUGGGCUUGGACUUGUGGACGCCCUCACUGAUGAGAACCCCGUACCCCUGGGUGGUAGAAAGGUUCUUCUUGGAUCUGAGAUGAGGAUUACUGAUAACAUGUCUCGCAAGAACAGCUCCACUGCUCCUGGUCAAGCUGGGGAAGUUGAGCAGAAGGAUGAUAACAUGUCUGAUGGUCUGAUGGGUAGUGUCAUGUCCCUUGAUGAUAUCGUCAAUUCAGAGGAUUACACUUGUGUUGUCUCCCGUGGCCCUAAUCCUAGGACUACCCACAUUUUUGGAGAUCUUGUUCUUGAGUUUCAAGCUGAGCAGCUGAUGCCUGUUGAGAGUAAGGGCGAUCAGAGUAUGUCUCUUCAUGUGAAAGAGGGUGCAAUGAGCUUCUGUUGCUUUUGCAGUGAGAAGCUCAAAGAGGGGAAAGACAUCUACAUCUAUCAGGGUGACAAAUCCUUUUGCAGCAUGGAGUGCAGGGAAAAUUUCAUGGUGGAUGAGAUGGAAGAAGGUGAACCCAUCAUAUAUCAUCCUGCAUCUCCUAGAAGCCCACCUUCUGAUGGUGGUCGGAUUUUCCAACUGAUCCGUUGAGUCAGCGUCAGUAACAACUUGAUAUGGUCAUAUCUGAAGUGCUGUCUGAGGUUAAUAAGUUGCAGCCAUGGACAUGAUCAUGUUUGCAGAGUUGUUGCCUGGAGAUUUUGUUUGUUGCGGCACUGAUGAAUUUACCUCACCUAUUGAUUUCUUUGUUUUUGCGUACUUGGAUCCUCGAAUUUUUGGAGGAGUCCAGAAAAUGACUACCUCCGGUCAUAAUAUUAUCUUGAUCGGAGAUGGGUGUGUGUGCGUGCGCGUCUCAACUCGAGUUUGUUUGCUUGGACCGCAUUUUCAGUGGCUGUCAUAUGUGGACGCCUCUUAUAUUAAUAUCAUGUAUGUGAACCUAUGUUCUGAUAUUUUCUGAAAUGAAAUGGUAAACAAUAAAGUCUUAUAUUA